UGUACUCUGCCUCAAACCUCCUGGUGCUGUUAAACGACUGGAUUCUCCGCAAGGAGCUGCAGCGGAGCCUGCCCGGGUCCCUGCCCCAGCAGAAGCUGCUGACCUGGCUGAGUGUGCUAGAAUGCGUGGAGGUCUUUGCAGAGAUGGGGACAGCCAGGGUCUGGGGGGAGAUGGGCCGAUGGACCAUCAUUGUCCUCAUCCAGCUGGCUAAAGCCAUCCUCCGCCUCCUGCUCCUGCUGUGGUACAGAGCUGGCAUCCAGACCUCUCCUCCCAUCGUGCCGCUGAACAGGGAGCAGCAGCAGCCUCUCCACCCCCAAGAGAUGGAAGGCAGCUCCUCAGGGAAGGAUCAGACCUACGUCGGGCGGCGUUCCAGCCGUGUGGUGCGCUCUCUCCAGAGCACCCCAUCCCUGCAGUCCAGGCACUGGGGAUCCCCCCAGCAGAGGGAGGAGUCUCAGAGCCGAAGAGCAGAGGAGAUGAACCAGCCUCCCACCCCUCUGGGCCUCCAAGAAACCAUCGCAGAAUCCCUCUACAUCACCCGGCCUCUGCUCCACUUAUUGAGUUUAGGGUUGUGGGGCCAGAGAUCAUGGAAACCCUGGCUCCUCUCAGCAGUCCUGGACAUCUCGAGCCUGAGCUUGCUGAGUGAUCUGAAGGACCUGAGCAGGCGGGAGCGAGCGGAGCUGAGGCGACGAACCAUCCUGCUGCUCUACUACCUGCUGAGAUCUCCCUUCUACGACCGAUACUCAGAGGGCAGGAUCCUCCUCCUCCUGCGCUUGCUGGCUGACUAUGUGCCUGGAGUUGGCUUUGUCACACGGCCACUGAUGGAUUACUUGCCUGCUUGGCAGAAAAUCUAUUUCUACAACUGGGGCUGAUGAGAAGAUGGUUCUUCUCUGCUAAGAUCAUGGCUGGACGUUUCUAAGGAGGGCAGGCAGCUUGGGGGAGGGAUGUUGGUGAUGUCUACUAUUCAGUUACACCAUCAAUGAAAAGCUCCUGUUCUGCACAGUGGGGAAGGGAGCGUGUGUCACUUUUUUUAACAGGUCUGUCUGUGAGUGAUGGACACCACAUGUAUGGAGCAAACCCUGGGCUACUUCUUUCUCUGGACUGUUCAGUGGCUGUAGUGAUGGUGAUGGGACAACCUCUUUUUUUUUUUAAAGCACUUGAUUCUUCUCCUUUUGUACAGCUGCACCUAUAAUCAAGCCAGGCAGGGUGGUGUUUUUUUUGGAGAGCAUUGUCUCCCACCUCAUGGCACUGAGGAUGACCUGCAGCCUGCUUGUGUUGGCCUUGCCUGGCCAAUCUGCUUGGAGCGGGUUUGUCUGUCAAAUAAACUGACCUGAAGGAUCU